ACACACACACACACACACAGGCAGACAGACACACCAUCAUGGACGAUUCUUACGUAAUUGUGACGUUGUGUCCCUGGCCAUGGAGGAAGGGGAGUGUGAUUACGAUAAGCUAUCAGUCACGGGGCUGAACAGCGGCCUUCCCUGCUUGUGUUCCCCCGGAGACUGUACAUAAUUUCAUCUGCUGCAACCUUUACCUGUCAGUCAUCUGCUGUAGGUUUCACCCGCCCCUCGCCCCGCCUGUGAGAGAGCCGCCUCAAAUAUGACAGACAGUGGUACAUUAUCCUGCUCUACGGUCAGGGAUGUCGUUAUCUUCGUCAUAUGCGUCACAUUCAUUAUCCUAAUUGCCAUCGGUGCCUUCAUUCCUGCUGCUGUUGUGGGAGCUGUGGGAGCAAUAGUUGCUUUAUUGUUCUUCGCGGUCAAACAGGGAAGAAAAAUGAAGCACACUCCAAAUCAAAGCACCGGACCCGACACAGGGCUUCUGUACACCAUCAGUGCAAGGCCACGCAUUUCCUUCUUGCAGGUCGCGCAGCCUCACCCGCCACACUACCACCAUCAAACUUCGCCACAGGAGACACAUACAAUUACGUCACCACCCAGGAAUCGUCCUCCAUCCUUCUCCACAUCAAGUCUGUCCUCGCAGCUGAGCCACUCGUACUACACACACUCUUCUAGUUUCUCAGCACUCUCGCCGUACAUCUCUUCCGUAUCAGCGGAGGGACGGCACCACACCACCUCGCCCGCCCAGAGGUCGGCGUCCAUCAUUUUAGGUAUCACCGCAUCUGAUGCCGCAGAAGACGCAGUGCGGCAGGCAGGGAACCAAUCGCCUCCAGCGUACGUAGAGGUUGUGGACGAUGACAUGGGGCCGCCACUACCACCGCCACAACUCUACACAACCCCUGCCGCCGGUGGUCGUUACGGGGAGGUGUUUGGUCCCUCUUCCGAUGGGCUGCCGAGUUACGAAACGGUGGUGGCUACUAGGCAACCCCACAGCGAUGACCCACCCCCCUACGUCCCGUCCUGAUUGAGUAUCACCAGAACGAUUGCGCUUGACAACCUCUAGAAAUUCUUUUGAGUGGCUGGAGCGCAGUCAGGUGACAUUGAGUGGCAGCCAGCGAGGUCUUCAUGUGGAAAACAGUGGAGUGCUGAUGCAAAUCAUUUACUUUACCUCUCUCCAAGAUAAUGCUUUGAGUCAGCGCCAGAACAGGGUGUAGACACGCGCUGUAAGGAACUUCACGCAUCGAGGAACCAGGAGUGAGAGUGUAAGGUAAUCAGUCAGAAACCUGGCGGGAGAAACAAGAACAUUAUGGCUUAAGAGUGAGAGAAAGAAAUGUAAUAUAUACAUUUUUUCCUAUGAUGAAUCUUCAUCAAAAAAUGUGAUAGGAAGCUGAAAGAUGUCCUUGUAAUCAGUGCUUCAUUUCAGUCACACUUGCAUGAGAAAAAAAUAAAAAAAGAAUAAAUAAAAAAAAAACGAUAUGCUCCAACUCUCCAUCUCCAGGGUGGACCAUCCCUGAAAUAUGAUAUUUCAAGGCGCCAGAAUUGUACUAAAUGAUCUCCAGGCCGCGAAUCAAAAUUCAGUACAUAUACAAGCUUAAAAAAAAAGACUAAUGAAAUGUAUUAGCUAAGGAUUCCCUCCGAACUGAAGAUCUGGCCAUGGUGCUCUGAAAUAAAUAUAACUAAGAUUGCUCGGCCUAAAUAAUUUGUUCAUCUACCUUUGCUGAGAGUUUCAUGUCCUGUCUGUCCAAUGCCGGCCUACACUGACAGCGGUAUGUCAGUUUUGUUAUUUAUGUUUAAUCACCAAGAAUUGAUAUUUAUCUCUACUUAGAAAACUAAUUUCUUUUAAUCAAAUUGAUAUACCGCUGUCAGUCAGACACAUCUGUACACAGACAAAAUAUAAAGAGAAGAUAAUAAUUUUGUUACUUAAGCCAUUUUAGUUCCAUGUCGAGCAGAAAUUGUAAUUCACUUAUUUAUCUAUUUAUUUACUUGUUUUGUAUUUACUAAACACUAUUUUGUGGGGAAAAAAAUACUUUUCUAUGUA